CAGACGAUCAUAAUUAUAACUAGUCUUAAUCGGCUUACCUUCCGGAAGAACUUUCCUACAACAAUAUAUUUCGCUUACUAACCAACUAACGCCUAAUGUUCAAGCGCAUAGAUUCUAUCUUAAGUAAUUAUUGUUGGGUUUCUGGAGACCCUCGUCUCCGCCUAAGUCAUAUUUAAUUUUAUUGAUUUGCCGCUAGUACACACUACAGUCUAUACACUACAGUUUGAAGAUGUAAGGUCGAAAUCCGGUUUAGGAUACCUGUAUAAAAUGGAGACCAAAUGAGAGCAAAUCAUCAUUCAAUCUUUGUCAGAUUGUGAGACAACACAAAGCACAACAAUGUUCAAACAGAUUCUUGUCGCCUUCGCCACAUUGGCCAUCGCUUAUGGUAAGCCCGGCUUGGGACACUUCGGCUACUCCCCAGUUGCCAGCUACGCAUCCUACCUGCCUUCGACUUAUGCGUACGGCACCCCGGCCCUCGCCGCCCCAGCUGUAGCUCCAGUUCCAGCUCUGACCACCGCCGCCGUCGCUGCUCCAGCAUACACCGCCCCUCUUGCAUGCUCUGCCUACUCACCAGCUGCCUACCCUCUGUCGUCCUACGCUCCCUACUCAUACCCCAGCUACUACAAUGGUUACUCUAGCUACGCUGGAUACUCUCCCUUGACCUACAGCAGCUACUGGAACCCUGAAUCCAUCUACUACAAACGCAAGUGAACUAUUUAAAAAUCGUCUCCGAGAUUGAAUAUAUUUUGAUAUUAUAUUAUAAUAAAUAAAUAUUUACUUUCUAA